GUUAGUUCGUGGUAGCAACUCUUGGCACCAUGGCAGACUUACAGAUGAAAAUUCUCCGAAAGAAAAUCACGAAAAAGCAUGAAAAACAAAAGAACAAGAAGCGUGAAAUGCUUGAGAAACUAAAAGAAGCAGAAAACGAUGAAUCGGCGCCAGCUGAUGAGCCUAAAGCUGACGUGACAGACGAAACCUCUGAACCCGAAGCAGAGGCAUCCCAGAACGAUACUCCUGCAAGUGAGAAGCCUUCGUCGAAGGGAAAGAAGAGAAAAGUGGCUGACUCAAGUGACUCAGGUGGGUCCAAAAAGAAGAAAAAGAAGAAUUUAAAGAAAGCUGAAGAUGUUAGCGUAGAGAAUGGUGAAGAGGACGAAUCCGCAGACCCAGAGGAAAGCGAACAGGCUGAAGACGAAGAGGGAGAGGGAGGCGAGGAGGUGGACAAAAAAGUUGAGCAAGCCGAUGGUGCUGAAAGUGAGGGUGAAGAUGACCCAGAACUGCCGAUGGGUUUCUCUGGCGCAUUUGAAGACCGUUCCUUUGUCUCUCUGGCUGACGUAGUGAGCGAAGCCACCCUGAAAGCCGUCAAGGAGAUGGGCUUCGAAAACAUGACUGCCAUUCAACACAAGAGCAUCCGACCUCUGCUCGAAGGCCGAGACGUCUUGGCCGCAGCCAAAACAGGUAGUGGUAAAACUUUGGCUUUCCUCAUUCCUGCCAUUGAACUGAUUUACAAACUGAGGUUCAUGCCCAGAAACGGAACUGGCGUUGUCAUUCUGUCGCCCACCCGCGAGUUGGCCAUGCAGACGUACGGUGUGUUAAAAGAGUUGAUGACCCACCACGUACAUACAUUCGGGCUCAUUAUGGGCGGCAGUAACCGGUCAGCUGAAGCACAGAGGCUGGCAAACGGUGUCAACAUAGUGGUGGCAACUCCCGGCAGACUGUUGGACCACCUGCAAAACACCCCCGCCUUCAUGUACAAAAACCUCCAGUGUCUGAUCAUCGACGAGGCUGACAGGAUAUUGGAGGUGGGCUUCGAGGAAGAGCUGAAACAGAUCAUCAAACUGUUGCCCAAGAGACGCCAGUCCAUGCUGUUCUCGGCCACGCAGACCCGCAAGGUGGAGGACCUGGCUCGCAUCUCCCUCAAGAAAGAGCCGCUGUACGUGGGUGUGGACGACGACCAGGAGGCGGCGACGGUGGACGGGCUGGAGCAGGGAUACGUGGUGUGUCCCUCCGAGAAACGCUUCCUGCUCCUCUUCACCUUCCUCAAGAAGAACCGCAACAAGAAGCUGAUGGUGUUCUUCUCCUCCUGCAUGUCGGUCAAGUUCCACUAUGAGCUCCUCAACUACAUCGACCUGCCCGUCAUGGCCAUCCACGGCAAGCAGAAACAGACCAAGCGCACGGCCACCUUCUUCCAGUUCUGCAACGCCGACAAGGGCAUCUUGCUCUGCACGGACGUGGCCGCACGUGGGCUGGACAUCCCCGAGGUGGACUGGAUCGUGCAGUACGACCCGCCCGACGACCCCAAGGAGUACAUCCACCGCGUGGGCCGAACGGCUCGCGGCAUCGACGGCCGCGGCCACGCGCUGCUCAUCCUGCGGCCCGAGGAGCUUGGCUUCCUCCGCUUCCUCAAGCAGGCUAAGGUGCCCCUCAGCGAGUUUGAGUUCUCCUGGGCCAAGAUCUCCGACAUCCAGGGGCAGCUGGAGAAGCUCAUUGAGAAGAAUUACUACCUGCACAAGUCCGCGCAGGAAGCCUACAAGUCCUACGUGCGGGCAUACGACUCGCACUCCCUCAAGCAGAUCUACAGCGUUGACACGCUUAAUCUCCCCAUGGUGGCCCUGUCGUUCGGGUUCAAGGUGCCUCCUUACGUGGACCUGGGAGUGCACAGCAGCAAGAGCAUGAAGAUGGGGAAGAGAGGGGGCGGAGGGGGCUUUGGGUUCCAGAAGAAUAAGAACGUGCAGAAGGCUAAGAUCUUCAAGCAUGUCAACAAGGGGGGAGGCAGGGGGGACAGACGGCAGUUCUCCCGCUGAUGCCGGUGACACUUGUUGACAUUAUGCUUUGUUAAAGGUUAAAGGAACAGUCCACCAUUGGUGGAAAAGUGCCCAUUUUUUUCGAAUGAGCGUCUAAUAAAGCAUCUGUCUAAUGUAAUGUAAACAAUUGAGUUUUACCUUUCUCCUGUUCUUCAAGCUGUUCUCUGAGUGUGGCAAUGUUACUUCCUGGCAUGUAUCAUUUAACUGUAGGGUACCAAGAACUGAAUGGUACCAUUUGGUUUCAUGAUGCAUACUAAGAAGUAGUACAGAAUAACACAACAGCUGGAAGAACAUGAAUAAGGUUAAGGUCAAUUAUUUAACCUGAGGGGAGGUAUAGAGAUGAGCAAAUUUCCAAUAUGGUGGACUGUUAUUAAAUUCUCUGUUAUGUACGCAUAAUAUAAUUUGGACUGUAUGAUCAUGUCAUCAUAUUGUGCCAUCUCUGUGCGUGCUUAUGAACGGAGAAGGGGUCCAGUCAGUGAACUGAAUAUUCAGAGACCAUUUUGGACUAAUAUUUCUGCCAUAUUUGUCUUUGAAUGAAGAGUAGUGCAUCUACUCUGAUGGAUUUUCGAAAUGUUAUUGCUAUUAAGUAACCCUGCUCUUUUUUCUCUUGCAGAACUGUUUAUUAAUUGGCUGUAAGAUAUGGUUCCUUCUGUGUCUGAUAUAUCAGCAUCCCAACGUAUGUUACUUAUAUAGUUAACAUAAUGAUGGUCUGUGGUCAUUUAUGGCCCUUUUCAUAAAGAACAGGUUGUAAACUAUGCAGAGUAGUUUAAAUCAAUUUGUGUAUUCCUUAUCACAUGAUUUGUUUUUGUUUUGAAUGAAUAUAUGUGUAUAGUUAUGGCUUUGAUAUGGACUGUAUCGACAUCACUUCACACAAAAUAAAACAUUAAAAUGCAGAAUUUGCAAAGAUUAAA